AUGUUAAAGGAGCUCCCUCUUAGUGCUCAUCCCCCAUGUGGAUUUACUGUUAUCGCUCUGACAUUUUCAAAUCCUAUUGUUGCAUGGUUUCUUUGUACAUCCACUGGUCGCCCUCGAGCAGUUGCAAAGUAUAUUCAUCAAGUCGUAGGAAUUUUGUCCCAAAUGCUUGCUAUACCAACGAUCAUGAUUGGCUUUCAGAUGCCGAGCCUGGGAGCUCGCUUCUGUUCCUCCCAUAUAUACUCAUCAAUUUUCAUUAUUUCUGUUAUUAUUAAUGUCAUAAUGGAAGUUAUUUUUGAAGUAAUUGGAUACAAGAUUCGGAGAAAUGCGCGAAUUGUGCAGUCGGUUCUGAGUGCUGAAGCUAACGAAGCUGACAAGUUACUUGCUCGUAUUGCAGAAGAUCCAAAACAUGACGUCAUGUACCUGGGACGACAUAGUUCGGAGUAUACGAGCCUAAAGAAUCUAAGAAAUAUACCAAGAGAAAUCACUCAAAAUCAUAAUUUAUGGAUUGUCAAGUAUUUUCUCCUGGCUGUACACUUAGCGAUUACUUUCAGUUUAAUAUUUGUAUUAGUUGUAUUAUUUGCUUCAUAA